AUGGCCAGUCGCGGCGCCCACCUUCUCAAGGAGAUCGAGAAUGGAAUCAUCCCACUAUCCGAGAUUUUAUCGGCGCUGCGUGCGAGAUUUGGGAAACCUGCAGAAUCAUUAGCCUUGCCCGCUGGUUUAUGGCGUCUUGUUACCGCUAAUUCUUCUCCGGCUCUAUUAGCCAUAAAAUCUACACCAAACUCUGCGGCUUCGCUUGCUCUACUUCAUCACAUACUUAUCUACCAACUUUCUGUUUGCAAUGAGGCAGUGGCUCUAGUCGACUACACUGGUCGAUUUCUCGUCGCGCAUCUCCGAAAUUCAUGCGGGACAGAGGAUUUGCGACAUCUACAUGUCUUUCAGCCAACAACACAUAUUAGCAAUAUCACAGAUGCUGUCAAACAGUGGAUGCUACACGGGAAUCACGAGAGUCACGACAAAAAAUGGGUCAGCACUAUUAUUAUAGGCGGAGCAGAGGUUAGAGAUUGGCUUGGGAUGGGGAGGAUAACUAUCACUGUAGGUUGGAAGGGAUGGCUAAAUGUUAUAAAAGAAAAAAAAACCUAUGCCGAAGGUGUUAGUCUUGAAGAGGCCUUGGAUACCAAGUUUUUAAACGAGAGCAUUACAUGGAGAGCAUGGUGUGAGGAGGGCGAGUAUAGGUGGCAGCAAUAG